AUGCAAUGUUUUGCCAUUGAUUAUGAUGCCAAUUCCACUUCACAAUCGAACCACAAUAGUGACUUAGACAAUGAUGAUAAUGUCCCAGAAACUAAAACAAGAAAACCAAAAAUUGCAUUUCCAUUUGGUCGAUGGUGUAAAUCAUGCCGAUUCCAAAAAUGUAUAAAACAAGGAAUGUCUGUAGAUGCUGUUCGUAUGGGUCGAAUACCUAAAGUGUUGAAAGAAAAAGCUCUGAGAGAACAACAUCUUCGUGAAAAUGCAGACAAUAAUUUGCAACGAUCGGUGUCAGAUGAAAAUUCAGAAAAUUAUGAUCCAUCACUAAUGGAAGCUGAUCAAGAGAUAGCAUCCACCGUGAGCGAAGUACCAGCGAUUACGGUUGUUAAAACUACUUCUAAAGCUUCUCCAGUCGAAAAUUGGCAACUGAAUCAGUCGCUAUCAAACUCAUCAUCAUUCUUUCAUACACCAUCUCAAACACAUUCACCUGCUCCCGGACAUUAUUCAACUUCACCUAAAUUUCUCAAAUCAAAUUUCAAAAAUCGACACCAUUUCACUGACUCUUCUUAUGAAUCUUCACUAGAAAAAAGUCCUCAACUAAAAUCAAAUAUAUUCGAACGAGAUGAUUUAGCGUUCUUACCAGAAGAUUUCAGUAUGGACGAAACAAAUCCAAGGUCCGAUAUGAAUGCAUGGAUGAAUGAAGCUGACCAAGCUACCGUUAGACACUUGUCAACUGAUGCUUUGAAAAGAAUAAAAAGAAUCUCGAUGAAAAUAUUAAAAGUGAAUGUGUUUCAAGAACUCGACGAAGAAGAGUCAACGUUUGUGAGGUAUCAAACAAUGAUUUAG